AUGAGAAGCAGAAAACUCGCACACGCCAACGCAACCGGCAGCUGGCCGACCUGCUUCGUAUCUUGAGCUAUGUACACGUACAACUGCGAUCAGGUCCCGACCUCGCGGUGAGGCAUACCGCUUACUUUUGCCUCUCUCAGAACGCUUUUCAUGCAGCAGUGUUGCAGCUGCGCAAUGGCCACCAGUUAGCGUCAUUACGCACUCGAUCUGUGUCUACGCCGGUAAAGUGGCAUCUUUUAUGCCUUUGGCAGUGACCGCUUGGAGAGAUACUUCGCGGGGUUAAGCGGAGAAGUGUCACAGUGGGGCCCCCCGAACGAAUCACACGGGAAUCGCAUGUUCUGCUGAAGAGCCAUGGGACACGCCCUCAUCGUCGACUCGAUCUUGACGCCGUUCAGCUGGUACAGCCUGCUGCCCCUCGUCGGCGUCGCAGCCUUCCUGUUCGUGGUGGCCGCGUACCAGAGGACCCAGUUCUACUGGAUCACCGACAGGGCCAGCGACGUCAUGCAAGGCCUCGCCUCGCGCUUCCGCAAGGAGCCCAUGGCUGUCCAGGAGCCUCACGUGCCAUGGUUCAUCACGGGCAACUCUUCGCCGGCAGGCUACGGCAUCGGGAUGACUACUUUCCAGAACUAUUCGGGUUCCCCGGGCUACGAACCCGAGGCCUUCGAUGCCGCCUCUCCGAACGGAAUAGGCACUGCUUCUCAAGUCUGGCCGAUGAGUGCGCAUGGUGUCGGUAGCCAGUCACGCAGCGUUCCCGCCUUGCCUGUUCUCAUCAAGGUGACUGACCUGAGUGAAUGGAGCGAGUCCUUAUGAAACGGCGCUUUUGCGGUGCGUCAUUAACGCGCAAGAGUUCUGUGUAGAAUUCUCAAACCCCUGCAUGUUCCCGUCUUCAAGGUCAUCAAACUCGGCGAGUGAGCUAAAGCCAGUCUUCCUUGAUUUUUGUCUCUAGUUCAUGAGGCUGUGUGCUGCUUUCUAGCAAAGGACCUUUCGCUAAAGCAGUGGUAUGACGUAAGGGAUGUGGCCUCUUAGCGGCGGACAUUGUUGGAAAGCGCUUCACGGCCUGUGCGUCUCGCAAGUUCUACUGUGUUCGGGUAGCUGAACCUGUUCGUAAUUCGGGGUGGUUCUUGUUUUCUGCCGUACCUCAUUUGGCACUCUCGCGUCGUAAUCUGGAAUGGUGCUGGAGCGAAUGCUUGAACCUAGCAUCGUUUGGAUUGAUACGGGGUUUGGCAGCAAAAGAACGACCUUUUGUUUGCACUGAGCAAUUUUGACCGUGUAGCCGGUCUAACAUCGCUUACAUUUGCUUGUCAGAAUUCAAUCUGGAAGCCCCGAGAGACACAGCUGGUACAUUGUUGCACAUUGCUGCCAAGACGUCAGUUUCAUUAGUUUAGCUGUAGCGGCGGGGGGAGACAACUGCAAGCAAUGAUCCAGCAAGCAAUAGUAUCAAUGGUCGACUGUAAUAAGUCAUUUUUAAUGGCUCUAUCGUUCGCUUUUUCUUUUAUUCCAUCCUACCACGCAUCGAUGCAUUUUAUGACAUUCUAUAGCUCGCGAGUGGUAGCUAUCAAGUUACGUGGAAAUGAUACGAUGAGCGCGUUGUGUCGUUGUUUCAAUAAAACGUCGCAAUAUAUUUUUUCUGGGGUAUCUUGCCUCAAAUAUCCUGUUUUAUUUUUUUUCGCUGCGGACCACUCUUCAAGAUGGCGUCGACUCUUCUCCCUGCAAAGAAAAUAAACUGAUGUGUAAUCAUACUGCUUCAAACGUCAUGUCACAUGACCACUCGCACCGCCUGAAAUAAACGUAUUAACGAU